AUGGCUGCCUCUAGGCAAUUGUUACGCUCCUCAAGAGCUUUGCUCGCCGUUUCACGUCCCGGCCUCCCGAUCGCCCGAUCCUUCACCAUCCACACGGCACGCCGCAACGACAACAAGAACGACUUCGAGAAACUGAACAAGCGAGCCAAUGACACCACAGAGACAUACCGCGAGAAGCAGAAAGAGAAGCCGUUGAACCCUCAUCUCACGAACACGACCUCUACGAUCCACAAUGCGAUGCCCUCCGUUGGCAAGGAUGCCGCGCCUCCAGAGCUCCUCAGUGCAGUCGACAAGAAUUUCACGCCCAAGGACUCAGUCCCUGAGAACACCGAGCGCAUGACUGGAGGAACGCAAGGUAGCCAGGCACAGGACGUGAGCGAUCUCAACAAGGAACUCGGUGUGGGAGAGCUUGAGGGUGCGAAGUUCCGCGUGGAGCCGCUGAGGAGGACGGGAGAGGAUGCAAACACUAUGCAUCAGAGCCGCAAGAGGGGAACACUAGAAAGUGAAUUACUCAUGUCUACAUUCGCCGAUGCGAACCUUGGGACGAUGACGAAGGGACAAUUGGAGCAGUACGAUCUCUUUUUGGACGAGAACGAUUGGGAUAUCUACUAUUGGGCCACACAGUCGCCGGACGAUGCGCCGACAAGCCAUGAGACUGCAGAGGGCUCCUCGCCUUCUGCAGCUGGAGGCGCGCAGGCCACACCUGCCGCUGCCGGACAGGAUUCGGAUUCAAAAUUGAAGGAUCAAUGGACGCGUGCACCAGCGAAAGGGGAAUGGGCGCAAACUGUUGGGACGUUCAAGCCGGCGUAUAGGCCUGUGCCUAGUCGAUGGAAGGACAGCGAGAUCUUGGAGAUGUUGAGGAACCAUGUCAAGUCGCGAAGCGCGGGCGGUGCGAAUGAGAGCGACAGUGCGUCCCAGACUGGCACUGGAGGGCUUGGGAUGAUGCCUGACAUCCGAAGUUUCGACAAAUAAUGAUUUGGGGUGGUGUGAUAUUUGCAUCAAAUCGCUGUACAUUGGCUGUAGCACUCACAUUCAAUUCCAAUUGCGCAUGCGGGAUACUACUUAUUCUGUCUUCGAGUGCAUUUACAUUGCUCACAUGCGCACAUCGGAUUUCGCAUCCUACAGCUUGUAGUACCUUACACAAGCGCAGGCAAAUGAGGUUUAGCGCCCCUUGCGCGGGGAAUACGAGUUCAGCCACGGAGUGGAUGCCUGUCGAUCUCCACACCCUCUUCAUCAUCAUAAAUCCAACCCGUCACCCACUCUCCAUCCACCGUUCAAUCUUCCAUGAUCAUUAUUAGAGCUCGUCUCUUCUAACAUGCGACACCUUCUAUCGCGUUCCAAUCGCCUGAAAACGGAAUCAGUCU